UUUUAUGAAUAACCCCCAUAAAUAGAAAAUUUGUGGCCUUGACGGAGAAGCUUUCUAUACUAUCGUGUUGGAACCUUGAUAUGAAUGCAAGCAUAUUAUAAGGUUCUUCUUAAUCGAGUACCAAUGGAUGAAACUCAUAACAUGUACUUACCUUUUAUGAUGUCCUUCUUAUCUUCCUUUGUGCCUCUAUAAAACGCAAGCAAGAAGCAAGUGAGUUUCAUUCUUCUUCAUUGGUCUAUACUACAAUGAAGAAGGAGAUGAAUAGAAUUGCGAAUGUAAAAGGAGUGAUGAAAGGGAAGAACAACAAGUUGUUGUUGGUGAGUGUGAAUGUUCUUGGAAGUGUUGGUCCUAUAAGGUUUUUGGCCAACGAAGAAGAUGAAGUUUCAACUGUUAUCAACACAACUUUGAAAGCCUAUGCUCGUCAAGGCAGGAUCCCGGUUCUAGGGUUUGAUGUCGAUAACUUUAUUUUCUACUCCAUUAAUGCCGGAUUCAACACUUUGCAUCCAGAGGAGAAGAUAGGUUCAAUGGAUGUAACAAAUUUCUUGAUGUGCAAGAAAGAGUCACGGCCGUUGGCAAAAGUAGAAGGAAUAAGAGAGAGUAAAGCUCGGAUAGGCCAUGGAUGGAAAACUCGUCUUCUUCGGUCCAUAUUAGGAAAAAUUCUAUACAAUUUACAAAUUUAACUUUAUACGACUCUGAAGUAUUAUAGACAAUAUUAUCAAUGUGAUGUGAUGUGGACGAUUAUUGUAUCCUAACGU